AUGCGUUCGUUCUUAAGAAUUAUUUCGCGAAAAUCAGUGUAUCCAACAACGUCAAACAAAUUUCGGGAAAGUCACUUUGCCUGUUACUCUAUGGGUUUACGGUACUUGAGCAUCGCGUAGCGUUCUUUGUUGCCGGCGACAGAGGCUCAGCUGUUAGACUGUAUUACUUUGACGGGUUGUUUAUGAAUGCAACAUUAAUGAAUAUAUGAAUUUCAUAUGUUGGAACUGUGGGAUGAAGGGACAAUGCAAGGAAGACAAUCGCAGUUAAAGAUGCAACUUCAAAAACUCAUUGAUAAUUCAUACAGAAAAACCAAAAGAAAUUAACGUUUAAUGAGUGUCUUUAUACCUGAUAAAGUCACGGCUAAACUUUGCGUCCAAUUUCUUAGACCAAUAACCCCAAAUCUUAAUAUUAGUGCAAGAAUGAGUUUAUCUAAAUCAGAGAUUUUGAAGCUGUUCAAAAAACUCGCAGGAACGUUUUGUGUCUCAUGGUUGUCUUUUCUUUGUUUUGUUUUUAAUCUUACAGGCCUUGAGUGCUCCACAAUGAUGGAUCUGAAGCGUGAUCUGCAUCUUCCAAACCCAAGAGAUGGUGUGAACAAUGCAGCGGGAAAACCUCAUAAACGGAUGGUUCGAAACUUAUACAAUAGAAACGAUUUACGUGUAGGGUUUUCUGUUAGUGUCAUUAAAUCACUCUUAGCAAGUGGCUUAGAAAAGCCCCGGAACUAACGCUCUUUAUCAUAAUCAAUUGCUUAAGAUGUGAGGCGUUGCUAGUUGUAAGGGUAGUUUUAGUUAAGCGUUCUAAGGCUAGGUUUUAUCAAGUGAAACAGAGGACCAUUAAGGAGUAAACUACACUGUCGCACGAGAUAGCGUAAGGUUAUAUUUGAAUAGUUCUCUGUGAGUAUCGGACUUGUAUAAGCUAGUAAAACAAAACAUCCACCUACCUUAUGUUCUGUAUCAUAAACAGUAGGUCAAGGUUUAUAUUUCCUGAUUUUUGAAAGCUGGAUUUUUUUGUCUAACACUUAGUAAUAACCUCUUAGAGACACCACCGACAGAACUUGUGUUCAGCAUCACAAUCAAAUAGGUUAAACCUCCCUUAAACAACCACCUACAAAGCGAAGAGUUAGAGGUCGCUUACGGGAGUCGAACCACUGAGGGUCUUUUUUGGUGAGAGGUCCGAAAAGAUCUGCUUCUUACAAGGCCAUUCACACGGUCUUUUAGCCUGUCACGAAAUCCUCCUUCGUCGGAGGGAACGCGUGAAGAAACCGAAAGCAGUCAAGCCUUUUAUUUGGCGCACGGAUUUCUGGGACAGUACAUUCCCCACUCCCUUUCGGAAAUAUGUGCUGACGAUGCCGAUGCAAGUUUUCUUGGUUUAAACCCGGGGAGUUCUACGUUUCGGGAUAAAACACCAACUUUUACUUGGCAGGAAGGUUAGUUUGCAUCUUUUUAUCGAAGUAAUUGCGUAUUUUGCGUUUUGGAUGGGUAUAGCCACCUCAUGAUUUUACUUUAGCUCACUUCAGCUUUGCGUGGUACAUUUUCGAAGCGUAUUUAACAUUUUCUCUCCAUCGUGCACUCCAUAAUCCUUUGUCUUUUAUUGUACUGGGUAUGGAUCAGCGUUGAUCUGAUACAAUUUUAACGAUCGCUGUUCUCCUUAGAAAAGAACCCGGCCUCUGAUGCCUAAUGAUCAACGGUGAAAAAACUGGGUUGAUAUUAAUAGGAACUAGACAACAAUUAUGUAAGAUCAAUGAUGUAUGUUAUAUCUCUGUAGGUGAUUAUGAUAUUUAUCCUAGUUCCUGUGUAAGAAAUCUAGGUGCUUGGUUUGAUAAUAAGUUGUCAAUGUCAACGCAUGUUACUAAAAUCUGUAAUGCCGCGUUUCAGUUAUCACCUACAUAAUAUUAGAAGGAUUGAGAAGUAUUUAUCUCGCGAUUCGUUACUAACGCUUAUUAAUGCUUUUAUCACUAGUCGUUUAGACUAUUGUAAUGGACUUCUGUAUGGCCUUCCUAACUCGCAAAUAGUUAAAUUGCAACGUGUGCAGAAUGCUGCGGCUAGACUCGUACUGAGCUUAAAUAAGUACUCGCAUAUUUCUCCCGCGCUUUAUCAACUUCACUGGUUACUAGUACAAGAUCGUGUUCAUUUUAAGGUCUUAAUUUUGACAUUUAAAGCUAUUCAUGGAUUGGCGCCUAAGUAUAUCAUAGAACUACUUAACAUUAAGCCUAGGUCUAUAUAUAAUCUGAGAUCAAAUCAAAGUUUAUUGCUAGACCCUCCUAAACGGAAAAUGCUUUUCACGUUAGGUGACAAUCUUUCUCUGCUGCUGCCCCAUAUUUGUGGAAUAGUUUGCCGGCUGAAUUACGUGAUAUUCAAUCAUUAGCUAUUUUUAAAUGUAAGCUGAAAACUUCAAGAUUUAUUUCGUGCGGGGUUUUACAACGUAACCUGUUUGACACUCACUUUAUUAGUAUUACUAAUGAAGUUUAUUAUCAUUAUUAUAAAUAUUUUAUAUUAUUAUUAUUAUUACAGUCAAAGCAUGUCAAGCGUUUCUGCCUCUAGUGGACUAAUAAAUUCAUGAAUGGAAAAAUGGUUCGGUUUGUCGAUUCAAUAAUCCAUUCAUAAAAUGAAUAAUGCAAUAGUCAAAUUGGACCUCGAUUCAACAAUUAAAUGUUGAUUUGGUUUAUGAACAAAAUCUACCUGUUCUUUAUUCUUGUCUGUUCCUACCGUUUACGAUUGCGUUUUUCAUUACCUUUAAUCAAAAUAACAGCUAGAAUAGACAGACCGCAAACGCAAAGAAACUGACAAAGGCCGAGGAUCGAAAUCCACCAAUCACCACACAUACACUGACCACAGUUUGACCAUCAUGUUACUCUGAUUACUGGCAGCAAAAUGGCGUACAUGUAACAGUUUGUUUGGGUUUGAAGUUCAGAACCCGCCCGCACUAUUGAAUCAACAAACGAAAUCAUUUUUCCAUUAAUGAAUUCAUUAGUUCGUUAGCGACAGGAACGCUUGACCUACUUUGACUGUAAUAUACAUUGUUAAAUAUUCAUGUACAUGUAAUUAGUUUACAAAUUUGAAUUUUAUUGUAGUUUUUUUUUUAGUUGUUAAGCGCUGUUGAUCAGUGAAUGUAAAUAACGCUCUAGAAGUUAUUAAAUUAUUAUUAUUAUUAUUAUUAUAAUUAUUAUUAUUAUUAUUAUUAUUAUUAUUAUUAUUAUUAUUAUUAUUAUUACUUGAAGACUCUGAAAGACUACGGGUAAUAAAGAGUCACUGUAACUGUAGUUCAAGAAACCCGGAACGUGUAAGGCUUCUGCGCUUCUUUAUUAAUUCCCAAUCUAUUCAUAUUAUCUGUUAAUAUUCUUGAUUUCUACUUAAAGCUGUCAGCUAUAAGUAGAAUUAUGUCCCUUGAAUUAAUGAAAUAGGCACUCUGUUCUCUUUAUUUUCGUCUGGAUUACAAGGCAGUCAUGCAUGUUAGUGGUUAAUACAAUACAGUGUUUUUUUGCAGAAUUUGCAUGAAAAUAGAGUCGUGGCUGGCUUGGCGUCACUUGCUAGAUAUCCUAGCGUAAUCGAUCACGAAAACAGGAACUCCUAGGGGAUUGUAUCUGUGCCAAAAUUUGACUACUUCCUCUAAAAAUUUAUUUUAGCAUUUGUCAGUUAUUGGGGUUUCCAUCAUGUCAAUUGAACAUGUAAUCAAACUUCAAAAGUAAAUAAUAAUAACAAUGUAUAACUAGAAGUUCUCAUUGAGAAGGGAAGUGCUGCCGUUAGUUGCGAUGCGAAUAGGACAAAGACAGUUUGUAGAACAGUUGAACAAAUGAAUUCUUUUUUUAUUAAAGUCAAUAACUUAGACUUGUUGGCAUUAUGAAACACUCAGAGCGUAGUAUAAAAAAUGAACCGAUCACGAUGACAAAUAUGCCUACAUUUAUAUAACUCGCUAAGGUUUCAAUACCAUUUUGUAAUUCAUUUUAAUAAUUCACGAAUUCUAAAACAACAGCUUGCUGCUAGGCUGUUUCUUCAUCGAACAAUCAUCGUACACAGGAUGAGAUUAGUUGCGAACGUAAAGGCUAAAACUUGUUUAUUCAUAGGGCAGGUAGAUGUACAGGACAUGCCGUUCACUUAUGUAACUUACAAUCCUAAUUCCCGAGAUAACAAUCUGUGUGACAAAAGAAUACUCGCUAUAACUAAUCUUGAAACUUAGAAAAAAUGAAAAAAUGUUCCGUACAAUACUUCUUGAACUGUUCUUACCGUUUAGAAAAAACUACGAUUUCUGCACAGAUCUUAGAUGUGAGCAAAACAAAAUGGCGGGUUGCUCCUAAGAGAGCGCGGCAGCUAAGCACUUGCUUAAGCAAACCGCAGCCUGCAAAGCGCUGUAGUCAUAGAUUGACCAUCGAACCAUGGAACCAUCGAACCAAAAAUCUCAAAUGGAUCAAGAAUAUGGUCAGCUGCCGGCUGAUGCCUGGCAGCAACAAUAAUAAUAAUAAUAAUAAUAAUAAGCAGGAGCCCAUAACCCGGAGCGUUCAACUGCCAUAAAUUCGUGCAGCGGCGUUUUUACAAGUGAGUUUAUUUUUAGAUAAGCUUUUCCCGCGAAAAAUAACUGUUCCACGAGGUCAAUUCCUCCAUUUGAUCGUCGUUUAGAUUGUUAGUAGCUCGCUUGGACCUUUUCACAGUCGGCUAUUUCGAAGAUGAUUUCGAUUUAAUUCCCUUUGCGUGAAUUAUGUGUUGUCGCCGAUGAAGUAGACGUCGUGGCUAGGUUUUGCAAAUCUUGCUCUGAACUGCUAGUUUCCGUGUAAAUACUGAAAUUGUCGCUUGAAGUACUGUCAGAAGACUUCUCUGAAGAUUCCUCACGUGUGUCCGCCAUGUUUUUUUCAAUGUGAAGGAGUUGUCCUAGUUACCUAUUAAAAGUUUAUCAUUGAUGACGCAAUUGCUAGUGAUUAGCUUUUCGAAAGCAAUUCGCGGGAAAGGCUUAUCUAAAAUAGACCUACUUGUGAAAACGCCGUUGCAUAGGGGCAGUAUGGAAGUUAGACGCACCGGGUUAUGGGCUCCUGUAAUAAGUUAGUAGAUACAUACAUGCGCCAAUAGCUGUUAAUGCAGCUAGAAAUUACAGAUAGUUAGCCUAUACUGAUGCCUUUUGGCAUCUUCCCCUGUGGCUGAGGUUAAAUGCUUCCAAGUUUCCCCUAGUUUUUGACAUGAUUCUUCCCACUCUAGGGUGGAAACCAAAUGAAAAUUGGGCCUAAUAAAAAUAGUCAUCCAAUCACUGUCGAUAAUGUGAUGCUUCUGUUAUACAUGUACAUGUACAUGAGGCUUCUUAGGGGAGCAGGGGGUAUGUAUAUCCCUGGUCAAGCUUCAAAUAGGGUCAUUUUGUUUUUUGAGGAGAAGGACAUGUCCCUGUUGUUACACUGUAUUUAACCCAUCUUUAUGUCUUCCCACUCAUUUGUCGUCGUUCAAGGCCAUGUCGCAUAUCGGAAUUUUACCCUAACAGGGUCUUAUACAUAUGUUAUAGAGAACCAAGGAUUUCAUUUGCAUUCCAGUCCUUAUUUUGUGAUGACCUUGUCCUACUUGUUUCAUUCACCAAUGAGCACAAUUUUCUCAGCAUAUAUUAGAAACAACACAGUAGUGAGUUGUUAUCAUGUCGUGAGAUCGCUAAUUCACCGAGGUGGUGGUAGUUGUAAUAUCAGAAAUGUGGUAGUGGCAGUUGCUAUUGUACUGGGGGGGGGGGGUGUUUAUAAUAGCCUAAUAGCCUACAUGUAGGCUCAAUUGGUAAAUGAGGGAGGGUGAGAGGGUAAGUGUUGGUAUCAAUGGUAAGCAUUCAUUGUGGAUAUACAAGUUCAAACAAUCAAGCAAGUGGUGGUGGUUCUCGCUAAGGAGGGAGGGAGGAGUGUCAUUUGUAGUUUUAUGGAGGGUGAGUGGAUCAUACUAGCAGUGGUAAAUGAGAGAGGAGAGCGGUUCUGGAAGUGAAAGUGUUAGUAGGGGGAAGGAGGGGGAGUUGUAGGGCAUGGGAGAGGGACGAAAUAGUGGAAGUAGGGAGAUGAGGGGGUGCAGAGAGAGUGGGGUGAAAUGGGACUUCUGAGCGUGUAAAUAAACUUUAACAUUUUGCCCAGGUUUCUGUUUAUGCAUGGUAAAAAAAAACUUUCAUUUUGUUUUAUGUGGUAUCGUGGGAAGCUGUUCUUUUUUCUUUACAUUAUUGUUCCUUUUGCUAACAUUAUUUAAUGAAAAUGGAUGUGGAUGGACAAACUUAAACUUAAUGAUGAUAAGACAGAAUUUAUGAUAAUUGGAAGUAGACAACAACUUGAAAAGGUUAGUGUCGCAGAAUUGUCUGUUGGUGACAUCAGCGUUGCUCCUGGUAGUACUGCACGAAAUCUUGGACUUCUGUUUGAUCGAAAUCUGAAGUUUGAUGCUCAAAUUACAAAAACAUGUUGCGCAGGUUACUACUAUCUGCACAAUAUACGAAAGAUCAGGAAAUACUUAACGUUGGAUUCAACCAGAUGUUUUGUUUGGCUCAUGCACUGGUAAUGGGGCGUGUAGAUUACUGUAAUAGUCUACUGUACGGUCUCCCAAGAAAUAAUAUCAAUAAGCUACAGCGUCUUCAGAAUGUGGCUGCCAGGUUAAAGGCUGGUUUUCGCUAGCGACGGAGCCGGAGUCGUAAUCAGAAGUGUAGAGCUUAUGAUCUAGUGAAAGCAGCGUUCCGAUUCCGCUUACGACUCCGUCGCUUACGUUCCGCUUAUGAUCUAGUGAAAACCAGAUUGUCGAAGUCGGAAGCAGAAGCAGAAGAACCAAACCAAUCACAAAGCGUGGGAACGUGCAUUGUGAUUGGUUUAUCCUUCCGCUUCUGCUUCUGACUCCGACAAUCCGGUUUUCACUAGAUCAUAUAAAGCGGAACUUAAGCGACGGAGUCGUAAGCGGAGUCGGAAGAAAUGGAGAAGUUCUGAUUCUUCUGACUCCGAUUCCGUCACGCUUAUGACUCCACUUACGACUCCGAUUUUUGAUUUUCACUAGAUCGAAGCGCUCUUACGACUCCGCUUACGACUCCGACUCCGAAUCCGACUCCGUCGCUAGUGAAAACCAGCCUUAAUAACAAAUACUCCGCGGUUUUGUCACAUCACACCUGUACUGUGUCAGUUGCACCAAUAGGUGUCAGGAUUAAAUUCAAGGUGAUACUUAUAACACUUAAAGCAAUAGAUGGGCUGGUUCCAUAUUACAUACAAAGUUUAAUCGAAGUCAAGGAGAAGUCCUCCUACAACCUUAAGUCAAAUGAUGGACUGUUACUUGCUCCACCGACGUUCAAGUCUAAAAAGACCAUAAGCGACAGGACUUUCCAAGUGACUGCGCCGACUCUAUGGAACAAACUUCUAAGUGUGUUAAGGAUGGAAACAAGCUUGAAGCCUUUUAAAGCCAAACUAAAAACUUUACUUUUUAAAGAAGCCUAUGAUUUAUAGUUUUACGACUCAUGAGUGACUUGUCGAUUAACAUUUUUAAGAUGAUUUCAAUUACUUAGUUUCAAUACAUUUUUUUAAUCGAAUCUUAUAAUUGCCUUUUUAAUCGUAUAUAUAGAGAGAUUUCUACUAAAUUUUAAGUGUUUAUUUAUUUAUUUAUUAUUUAUUUAUUUAUAUUCUAUCUUAUUAUAUUUUUUGUUAGUGCGCGUUAGAUCAUAUAUUUGAAUGCUAUUUUGCGCCUAAUAAGUAUAAAUUAUUAUAAAUUAUUAUAUGAAAUAUAAUAGGUCCUGCAAUUUGCAAUGAGCCAUGCAACAGUGUGUGAGUAAAGGUGUCUCAGGGAAAUUACAAGUGCAUAAUAUAUCCCCGCCAAAAUUUGACGUAUUUAGCUUCUUAAAUUCUAAUGAACAUUUUUCGUUCUUUUUCAGUGUUUACAUGAUUGGUGCUUGUAGAAAUGUCCUCCAAGUUUUAAACUAGGGACAGUAACUACUUCUCAGGUACCCUUGACUGUUAUACUGUCAAUGACCCCUUUACUGUUGUAUUUUAACUUGGAUCUAAAGAUUUUUGUUAGAAGUGUUGUGUUUUUUUACUUAGAUAUUUUUUCUCCCCAAUUGAGCUUACAAGCCAACCGGGAGCGGAGCUUGUCAUUUAGUCAUUUUGUUGCAAACUCGUGAAGGAUGAACAUGAAAGACCAAAUAUAUUGAUAUCACAUAUAGAUUUCCAUGAUGAUGAAAGUGUGUACUGUAAUAGGCCUUAUUCAAAAGUACCUUAAUAGUCAUAGUACUCUUUGUUUCCCCCACAAACUUUUGCAUAAGCAUUGCUUUUAAUUUAUUUUGGGACUUACGAUCAUCCUUACACUCAAAAUGCAUGCAUGCGCAAGUUAAAUUGUGGUGGGAAAACAAAGAGUAUUUUGUGUUUUUGUUUUUUAUUAUUCAAUAGCAGUUCAACUUAAACUGUUAGAUAUGUGAGGAGAUGCUUAGCCUGCAAAAACAUCCGUUUGUCCUCGCUCUUCGCCGAUGGGGACGUUUCGCGCGGAAGAACGUCGGCGACUCAGCUGCAGAAAUUCCAUACUGAUGACGUAAACCAAUGUUUACAUAACAAAUCUAGUAGUCAUGGGGUUUUACAUAUAAAUUUGUCCAAUUUUACGUGUCUUCUGGUCGAUUUUGAUAAAGUGUUGUGUUCAUCUGCCAAUGAGUUCCAGCAAAACUCAAAUGCUUCUUCUAGAGAAGACUACACUGUAAUUUUCAGGGAGUUAUAAUAACUCCUCUAGUGGGUCUAAUUUAACUCCUUACAGUGGAGGUAUUUUUCGUGGAGUUAUUUUAACUCCAAAAAGGAGUUUAAAGAACUCUUUUCCAGGAGUAAAAGUGACCCCAGAUAUUUAGGAGUUAAAAUAACCCCAAAAAAGGAGUUAUCCUGUACCUAAAAUGUUUACUCCACCGUCAGAGUUAAAUUACAUACAUACAUACACACAUACACACAUACAUACAUACAUACAUACAUACAUACAUAAACUUUAUUUAUCCUCGGAUUUUAGUGUAGCUUACAUAGCUAGUAUCUCCGAUCCUAACUAAUUUUAAAAGUUAUAACAUAUAUAAUAUAAUAUUAAUUAAUGUAGUAUUAACUAAAACCGUGCACUAACAAUUUGCGCUUAAAUUCACUAUAAUCUACAGUCUUUCUAAAGUGAUCAGGUAGAGAAUUCCAGUACUUAACAGAUGAAUAGCUAAAGGAAUUUAGACCAUAUGUGGUUGUAGACGGCUUAGGAAGUGAUAAAAUAUUAGUACCCCGUAGGGAGUAGGCAGUAGAUCUUAACUUGAUCAGUUGUUUUAAAUAGCACGGAUAUUUAUCAAAAUGGAGACAUUUGAAUAUAUGUUGUAGAUAAUUUUUUGUCUCAGUUAAUUUUGUUUUCUAACUAGUUAAUUUUUUUCUAACUAGUUAGUUUUUUUCUAGCUAGUUUAUUUUUUCUAACUAGGUAAAAAAAAAUUUAACUAGUUACAUUUUUUUUGGCUGGUUGAUUUUUGUCUUUGCAACAAAUUAUUUUUAUAAAACCUGUUAUUUCCUUUUUUAAGUAAAUGCUCAAGGGUUUUUUUUUGUUUGUUUGAGUAGAGUUAGGGUUAGCUAUAAGUUUUGGGUUGAGGUUGGGGUUAGGGUUAGGGUUGGCUUUCAUUAAGGGUUAGGGUUAACUAUAAGUUUUGGGUAAGGUUAGGGUUAGCUCCUUCAUAAAAAUUGAGUUUGUAAUGAGUAUCUCCAUGGAUUAAUUCACAUUAUCAUCACAUUUACCACGAUGAAUAACAAUCUAUUUAACAACAUGUUGAAUGUCCUUUAAUAUUUGCAAUCACAGAGAAACUUAAGAAGUCACAUUGGCUUUACUGCAUUAUACUACUAUACAUGGUGUUAAUUACAACACUGACAUGAUGUCAUUUCCGUUCUAAUUGAGCUGUCUACAGCGUACAUUCAAUGUUGAUGUGCAUCAAUCAUUAAAUACAUCAAUAAAUAUUUAAAUUUACACACAACUGUGAAAUGAAGUUUAUUGUUCUACUGCUCUAUUGCCAUUUUGCAUGCUUUUGUGAAUGUGAUUUCCUUAUCCUUGCUUAUUUUGAUAUUUGUUGCUUGGCAUUUAACUAAUCUAGCAGGGGAAAUGAGGGUAGUAAUAAUUCCAAAUUUGCAAGCAACUUAAGCAUAUUCAUUUUCAAAUGCAAUGAUUUCUCCCAUAAGCACAUUCGGAUGAAAUGGUGUUUUAUCUACUAGGUCAAUUUUGAUGCUAACAAAAUCUCCAAUAUUAAGGGUUUGAGGCUUUUGCCUGGACUUCUUCAUUUUUUCAUUGUACUCAAUUUGGCGUGAAUUGACUUCGAUUCUUGUUCUUUUCCUGCUUUCACAUUCAGUAGUGGGUGGGGUUUUUCGUUUUACUGGCGCAUUUGUAUUUGCCAUCUCUGACAGCUGAUCUUCUUCUUGUUCUUCGUGGGUGGGAUUCAACUUCUUUUCUUUUUUGGGAUCAAUUCCAAAAACAAGUCGAUAUGGUAUUUCCUUGACAGCUCUGUGGAUGGUAAUGUUCUUCUUGUAAGCUGCUUCUCCCAAUCUUGAACACCAUGUUGUGACAUCAGCUUGGUUCUCUUUAAGUAUGUUUGUUAAGUUCUCUUUAAUAGUCCUGUUAUUUCUCUCCACAAGGCCUUGUGUUUGUGGUUUUCUCGGUGCACCAUGUGCUUGUUUAAUCCCAUGGUUUUGGCAGAAUUCAUGCAUUAGUUUGUUUUUAACUCUUUACCAUUAUCACUGUGCAGGGUUUGCGGAAAUCCAAAAAGCCAAAAUAACUCUUCUAAUUUUGCUAACACUUCAUCUGCCGUUUUAUUGUGCAAAGCAUAUAACCAAGAAUACUUGGUGUGGUGUUCAGUUACGUGUAGAACCCACUGAUGGCUAUUAGUACACGAACAUUUGACGUUUCGGAAGUCGAUAAGAUCAAUUUCUAUAUGGGACAUAAACGUUUCAGCACUGAUUGGGUUUGUUAUCGGUCGCUUCUUGUGGUCGGUAAUGCUCUUCUGUUGGGCAUGCAGUUUACACAAACGUGUAAACAAAGAUACAACUUGUUGUGGUAUUUCAGAAUAAAUACCUUUUACGUAAGUAUUGGUUUUGUCUCUUCCGCGGUGCGCAGUCGAAGAGUGACAUUCACAGAGAACUUUGUGCAGCUUACUUUUCGGUACAACGACCUUGUUAUUUGCGGUAACAGUUUCUUCGCCCUUUAGAGUCCAUCCUUUCCGUUUUAUAGUGCUGAUAUCACGCUUGGAAAGUUCGGCAUGUGAUUCAUGUUCUUUGCCUUGUUGAAAUUUCGAAAGAGUUUGCAGAUAAUUCUUCGCAUUUUCAUAUCAUAUCAUUGAACAGUAGUGAAAAUGGGGUAAGAUAAACGCUUUAUAAAGGCGAAGCAUAAUUUCAGAUGAGAUAAGUUUGCCAAAUCUUUUGAAGACACUGAACUGAUUAUUUAUUUUUUUGCAUACAGAGGAUAUGUGAUCCUUGAAAUUAAGUUCAUUGUCUAGAGAUAUUCCAAAAAGAUCCAGGCAUCUUGUGGUUAAAAAGGAGAAAGGGUAAUCGGUUUUGCCAAGAACCAUCCCUUGAUGUUUAGCAGGGUUUGCUUUCAUCCCAUUGUCUUCGAACCAUUUAUUUGCUAUUUGUACAUCAUGAUUGAUCCGCCGUUCCAAGGCCACUGGGUCUACAUCAGAUGAGUGCAGUUGACAGUCAUCGGCAUAAGUGUUUAAUUUUACAGACUUAAUGUGAAAGAUGAGGUCGUUGAGGAACAUGUUGAAAAACAUGGGCCCCAGGACGCUGCCUUGAGGCACGCCCCGCUUCACACUCAUCCAAUCCGAAUAAGUAUCACCAAUUUUCACUCGCUGCCUUCUAUCCGUCAAGUAGUCACCGAUAAGGGUGCAGCUGGAUUCGUGCAAGCCAUACACUUUCAGCUUUGCUAGUAGCAAAGGAUGAGGUAUGGUGUCGAAAGCCUUUGACAAAUCCAUUGAUAUAACCGCCACGAUCUCUUUAUUGUCUAGACUGCGCCUCCAGUCCUCAGUCAGCCAAUCAAUGUCUCACAGCUAUGGUGCCUCCUGUAGGCAGAUAUGUAUUCAGACAAUAUGUUCUGGUAAAAGUCGGUCGAUAAUUGCUUUUGUUUAGUUCAUCGUCCUUUUUAAAUAAAGGAGUAACUUGACCUAAUUUCAAGCGCGACGGAUACUGUCCUGUCCUAAUCGAGUGAUUCAUUAUUGCAGCUAUAGGACCAGAAUUCGCGUUGGCAGACUCUUUUAGCAGUCGCGGUGGUAUUCCGUCAUAAUCACAGGAUUUACGGGAGUUGAUUUUGAGUAACAAAGCUUCCACUUGGGUUUUAUUAGUAUAUUGAAAAGCAAAAUUGUUUCUCGCAGCGAUCUGCUCAUUGUUAUUAAAAAUCGCCUGAAUGCUAGGAUGUGCAUCAAACCCUUUUCCAUAAAUCUGUUCAGUAAUCUCUGGCACGCCGUCCGCGAUGUUCACGAAAUAACUAUUAAAAAGCUCCGCUAUUUGUUUCUUGUAUGUUAUUACGACAUCGUGUUCUUUUAGUAUUAUGUCAUUAGCUUGCGUACUUUUCCUUGAAUGCAAAAAUGGGCGGUAUGUGUCCCAAAACUCCCUUGGGUUUUCCGACUCACUUUUCUUGUCAAAGAAAGUUUUAAUAGCUUUACGUCUUAGAGAAGUGCAAAUGUUCCUUUGUCUCUUGUACAAUUCAUAAUUAGUAUCAGUUCUUUCACGAAUGAAGCACUUCCACAAACGGUUCUUCUGACGAAUAGCUCUGCGCCAUUGUUCAUUCAUAAAGGGAACUUGAUUUCCCUUUAUGCGGACCUGUUUCAAAGGUGUGUGCUUACAAAGAAUGUCCUCAUAUAAACAAUCAAACACGUAGAGCCUAUCAUCAACGUCGUCAAAUAUUUCAGCUACUUGGAAAGGAACAUUAUACAAAUCAUGUAGAAAAUACUGUUCAUCAAAAUUCUUAAGGCUUCUAAAUCGUAUUUCCCGAGAUCGUAUUCUCGGUUCCGAUGCUCUGAGAAUGGCAAACACAAGAGAGUGAUCACUUAUGUUAACAUGGACUACGCCCGAUGACUGUAUUUUCUUCACGUUGUCGGUGAGAAAAAGGUCCAGUAGGGUUUAAAUUAACUCCAAAAAGAGUAAAAACAACCCAUGUAAGAAGUACAAGUAACCCCAUUUCGGAGUGAUUUUAACUCCAGACUGGGAGUAAAAAGAACUCUUUUUCAGGAGUAAAAAUGACCCCAAAUUCGGAGUUAAAUUAGGAGUUAAAAUAACCCCAAAAAAGGGAUUAUCCUGUCCCUAAAAUUUUUACUCCAUUUUUAGAGUUGUAAUAACUCCCUAAAAAUUACGGUGUAUAUUCCACUGUUUUGUUAGAGAUUCUUCGCGUUUACGUUUGACCUUUGUGGCCUUUUUGUCUUUUGUCUGUCAUUCGUAAACAAUAGCUAAAACAAUGUAACUACUCCGUCGACCAAUCAGCGCUUCUGACCGGAUUCCGGACAGAUUUUACGUCAUCAGUAUGGAAUUUCUGUCGCUGAGUCGCAGACGUUCCUCCUCGCGAAACGUCCCCGGCUGCGAAGAGCGAGGAGAAGCGGAUGUUUUCGCAGGCUAUGAGAUGCUCUGAAUAUGUUAAUAACGUUGAUGAGACACUCAACUACUCAAUCUUUUAGGUUCUUUUUUUAUAAGAAAAAGAAAAAGGUAACUGUGAUUUAAAGUUAAUUUGUUUUUUUUGUGUGUGUGUGUGUUUGUUUCUACGAAGAUUUAAAAGGUGGUGGAUAUUUCCUUUUCUGGCUUUUAUGGCGACUGCAACACCGUCACCCCUCGCCAGCUCUUUUGACAAAACAAAUGGAAACAAGCUAAGCAGGCUUCUUAUCGAUGGUGGAACAACAGUGCUGAGGAAUAUUUUUGAUUACCAUCACCCUCCUGCCUACUUGGCUGCUAAUCUUGGUUCCAGUCAUAUUCAUCCCAUUCUUACUAGACUUCGGCAUAGAAACAUUCUGAAUGGUAGUCAAUGGGACAAACUGUUUCCACCAUCAGGUGGAGGGACUCCAAACUCUAUUAACUUUGAUAUCACUCUUCUGUUCCUCUUGCUCACUAACAUUUGCGGACUAUCCCCUCCCACCUCGGGCUCUUGGCACAAAAUGCCCCCCGCAAGUGACACCUCUUUUGAGGCUAACCUUGCUCGGAUUAAGUACUAUCGAAAUGUGCUCUAUGGUCACGUGACAACAACUGGUAUUCCAAAACUAUUGUUCGAUGUUAAAUGGCAGGAGAUAAGUUCCGUUCUUGUUUCGCUUGGGUUGAAUCAGUCUGAAGUGGACAGAUUAAAAAGAGAGCCUUGUGGGGAGGACUAUAUCAGCGCUGUUACUGAAUGGGAGAAAAAUGACGAGAAGAUCCAAUUCCAGCUGAAAGAUCUACGUACAAAACAACAACAAGUGCUCCAAACUCAACAGGAAAAUCGCGGAACUCUUCGAGAUACACAACAAACGGUUGGCAGAGUGGAACAGAGGCUUGAAGAUACACACCAGGCAGUUGGCAAUUUACAACAAAUGUUACACGACGUUCAGACAAUCCAACGAGAAUUGCAGCAGCAGGUCAAGUAUGAGGCUGCAAACUCUGAGGAAAGAAGAGAUAAAGCUGAAGAGGAUAAAGUUCUCAGAAAAUUAGCAAAAGUUAAUUCCGAGAGCGUCAUCCAGUACUACUCUGGUAAAUACCUGGAGAAAACGCGCUUGCACAUCUUUGAGAAGAUCGAGUUGUGGCUAGACGACCUUUCAUCUGAAAAUCGUGUGAUGGUAGUCAGUGGCGAUGCGGGAAUGGGCAAAUCAGUGAUCGCGGCUGUCGUUUGUCAGAGAAUGCAACACGCUGGUCGGCUCUCAGGAAGUCACUUUUGUCAGCACAACAAGGAACGUUACAGAAACCCCAAGGUGAUGCUGCAGUCGUUAGCUUGUCAGCUUUGUGAUGUUUUACCAGAAUACAAAAGUGAACUUGUGAAGAAACUUUCUAGAAACUUGGGUGUGGACAUGAACAACCUAGAAGUUCAGGAGUUGUUCGAAUUUCUUUUCGAAGAGCCUUUAUGCAGCGUAGGAGACCGUGGAAGAAAUUUGCUGUUAGUUAUUGAUGGCCUGGAUGAAAGUGAAUACGAAGGCCGCAAUGAUCUGCUUGAUGUCGUAGCUAAUUUCUUUUGUAAACUUCCUGUUUGGUUCCGGUUUCUUGUUACCACUCGACCUCAAGUAAAUAUUGCAGAUCGUCUUAAAAAGUUUAAUCCUAUACAGCUGGAGCAAGAUAACGAAGAAAACGUGAAAGAUAUCAGACUCUUCCUUGAAAAACAGUUGAGCAGCGAUAUUCAAUCGGGCUCUAAAGAGGUCGUUAUCGAUGCACUGGUCCGAGAGGCUGCAGGGCAUUUUUUAUAUGCGUAUUUGAUGGUCGAUUUUAUCAACGAAAACAUUUCACUUCUCACCCCCGAGGAGUUAGGAAGAACUUUACCUUCAGGUGUAUCGUCUGUUUAUCAGUCCUACUUUGAACGUUUAGAGAAAGAAUUAAAAAUUGAUGGGGACCAGUUUUUUACUUUUCUAAGCGCUUUGGCGGCUGCAAGAGAACCGCUACCACGAGACUUUGUUUCCAGUAUGUUGGUUUCGGACUCGAAGUCCCCAUCUGGUCCUCGGAAAGUAACAAAAGCUAUCGACUCUAUCUCAUCCCUUCUACCUGUUCAUGAUGACUGUAUUGUGUUCUUCCACAAAUCACUUAAGGACUGGUUGACUGACAGAACUACCUACGGGCAACACACCUUCUCUGUGGAUGAAAAGCAAGGUCAUGCCGUGCUCUCUCAGCUCUGUACUAAUGAACUGAAUAACGUGAAAAUAAAAGGCGUUCACGGUACAGAAUUCAGUAACACUGCAAGGUACGCCCUACAGCAUGGUGUUUAUCAUAUGCUCGAGUCGGAAGAGGUAGAGGAGAGUACAAGAAGCUUUGAAGAAAUCGUUAACGAUUAUGUCACCGACUUAGACAUUGUGUAUGCAAAGCUUUGUGUAAACAACACGGCUAGUUCUAAAGACAUUAUCCUUACUCUCAAACAAGAUGCUUUUCAGUCAUUGAGUAGUGAGAGGCGAAAAGCCCUUGGCACGUUGUUGUCUCUCUUACGAAAGUACCAUGGAAGACUUUCGACGCAUCCUAGGACAAUAUUUCAAGUGAUGGCGAACGAGGGAGGGGACGUUUUUGCUGGUAAAGCUACGAAAGUUUUACAGAGUCGUGAAAUGCCAUACAUGGAGUACCUUCAUAAGGAAACUUUGAAGAAGGUGUGGACAUGGGCCCUGGCUGAGUUUCCCUGUAAUACCGUGGUUGAUUGUUUUGAUAUCUCACCAAAGCAGGAGUUCAUGGUUUGCGAAUGUACUGAUGGGAUGAUUUACCUUUGGUCACUUGAAACGGGUGAGCACAGGUGGAUACGUCGGGUUGAGGUCGAGAAAUGCUACUUUAGACCUGAUAGCCCUUUUAGAGUGGUACCAAAUUCAAAUGUAUACUCAUGUUAUCGCUCUGUUGUUUUUCACCCUACUGAGCCCAUUGUUCUUCCUGGAAUCCUUAGCCAUGCCUACUCAAUUGACGGAGACCUACUACCUCUGUUCCCUAAGAGCAACUGCAGAUUUUCUGUUUGUUCAGUUCAUGGGGACGAGAGCAAAAUUAUCACCGAUUGUCCUGGCGAUGCUAAAUGCCUUGUCAUGUGGAAUCUAAAAAAUGGUGAAGAGAUCACUCGAACCAUCAGAAAUGAAGAUGUUUUGUCUUUUGCUUGGUCUCCAGAUGGAACGCUUCUGGCAAUUUCCCAUUUUUCGGGACUGGUAUGUUUGGUUGACGCAUUAAACUGCUUAGACAGCACUCUCGCAGAGAUCGCCACCAAUCAACCUUGUGGAAUGAUAAAGUUUACCUCUGACAUUCAAUUCCUUUUUUGUUUGUCUCGGCCUAUUCUACCAAGUGAAGACGAACGCAACGAGUUGCGAGAAUUAAGUUUUCCUUUAAACGUCAGCAAGUUGCCUUGUGGUACCUUUUCCUUGAACGUUUUAGACAAUGAUUUUGGCCAGGAUCCAUGGAAUUGCGAAUCACCUAGCAACGGUGGAUUUUUGAUGGGAGAUCCUAUGAGUUACAGGUGUUCCCUUGAUUCGUUUGCAUUUGUAUUAAACAAACAACGUGUAUUAAGGGUACUUCCUGGCAACACGAAAAUUACAAUGCUUCGUCCGGAAGAUAGGUGGUGGCCCUACUGGCGUUCUCCUUUCUGGUGUAGUAUCCAUCGCAUUGCCUUCGCUUUAGAUGGAAAGACCAUUUAUUGUGUCCAACCAUGGGGCAACCCUAUAAACUCUUGCUAUGUGAUGUCUUUCGAUGUGUCGAGUGGAGAUCUCACAGCAAGGGGAGUGAUAGAAGCACAUGAUGUUUUACUUGUACCUGUGUCAGAAGGUGUCCUUUUGCAAGUACAACAACUUGGGGAGUAUGUUCAGCUAUGGAGUUUUGAUUUGUCACAACAAAUCCGAAGUUGGCCUAAUUUAGGCGAGGUUAGCGAUAUAAAGCCAGUUUCAGAUCAAUGUGUAGCGUGUUUGGGGAGAGAUUUUGAAGUAAGCAUCCUGGACACAUCAAAUGGAAACAUAGUGAAGACUAUCCCACGUUGUCACGAGGGUUUCAAGUCAACAUCUCUUUCGCUUUGUAUAGUAUCCGUAGUAUUUAACAGUAAAUAUCAGCUGCUAACCACCUCUCCUAGCUCAGUUCAGCUGUCAGACGGCGAAAAUGGACUAUGGAAGAGAAAUCUGAAAUGGUCUUCAGAUGAUUUAUUUAACAGUAUGAUACCUGGGAUGUUUUCUCCAACAGAGGAGUUUGUCCUUGUCUCAUCUACAAACUCACAAGUAAUUGUGCUUCAAGCAUCUUCAGGAAAGCAUCUCCGGACGCUAUGCACCGUUGACAGUAUUCUUGGCUGUGCCUUUGUAAGUAAGACGGAAUGUGUUAUCGUCUGCGAUAAUACUUCAGGGAGUUAUUAUCUUCCGUUGUUCAAUGUUAGCACUGGGGAUGUCCUAACUGUACUUGAUAUAGAUUUUGUACCGUCCCGGUCUCUGGCUUCCUGUCCACAAAAGGGUUUGAUCGCUAUUGCCCUUGAAAAUAAGUGCACAGUUAUACAAGUAAAACUGCCGCGAGACAAAGUAAACCGGGAAGCAAAAGGUGAGUAA